CUUCAUGCUGGCAUUGAAUGUCAAUGACACGCUAAGCAAUGUGCUUGGCUGGAUCUCAAUCGCCUGUUGGAUUGUGGUCUAUACUCCGCAACUAUACGAGAACUAUGUCCUUCAAUCCGGCGAAGGCGUCAGCGUCCUAUUCGUUGUCAUCUGGCUUCUCGGCGACCUGCUCAAUCUGACAGGCGCUAUCCUCGCGGGCCUGAUUCCGCCAAUAAUCAUCGUUGCGGUCUAUUAUACCACAUGCGACAGUAUUCUCUUGUCGCAGAUCUAUUACUACCGAUGGAAGCGUGGUCGUUUGAGCCAACGACGACGGCAAUCUGCUGGCCAGGAUGAACAGGCCCCUUUAAUUGCCGGUGAUACCCGACGAGGGACGUCGGAGGUGACGCCUAUUCGAGUCGUUCUUCUCCGUUACUCGUGUGCCGUCGUUUUUGUGGUUAGCGUUGGGAUCGGAGCAUGGUGGAUCAGUGAAAGGGUGAAUGAAAAGGGUUUCGAACCGCCGGAGACCAGGGACUCCUGGCUGGUCCAGUUCCUCGGCUGGUCCAGUGCAGUCCUCUUCCUCGGGGCUCGUAUCCCCCAGAUACUGAAGAAUUUCAAAACCCGGUGCGAAGGGUUAUCACCUGCCCUUUUCUUCUUCUCGAUACUCGGGAACACGACGUAUGCCUUGUCCAUUUGCGCCAAGAGCAUGGAUAGGGCAUACCUCCUUACCAAUGCCGGUUGGUUGGCAGGGAGUGCACUAACAGUGUUCCUCGACAUCUUUGUUCUUUGUCAAUUUAUCUAUUACAGAGCGAAGGAAGAUGGUCGGAUGGAAGAGUGAGCUGUAUGACAUAGAACUAGGAGACAAUAAAAAACAUGAUGAUGCCCAAUCAAGUAAAAUGUAGAAAA